AUGUCUACUCCGGAGGGUGUUCUGUUGCCAGAUGGCCGGAGAAUUGGAGAUCUGAAAGUUGCUGAUCUCCGGAACCAACUGGAGAUUAGAGGUCUUAGUCGUUCAGGAGUGAAAAAAGAUUUGUGCGCACGCCUAUCAGAUGCUGUGGAUGGAGAAUUGCGUCAAAUGAAAAAUGAGUCUGGAUCUGUUGCUAAGUGUGUAGAAUCAGAUCCCCUUGGUGGUAAUAAUAAUGUACAGAACGAAGAUACUUUAGAGAUUGACGCAGUCGCAUCGGACGAAGAAAUUACUGAAGUGUCUACAUCUGCUGAUAUAUCCGAGGUCAACAUUGAAAUAGCUAAGUCUGAAAGUCUUUGUAAGUCACCACCUGUAUCCUCCGAAUCUAAACCGGAUCCUAACAACUCAGAAGUAUCGGCUGAAGUAUCGAAUUUCGAGGUUACUGAUGUUACACAGGUUCCAGAACCGCCUAUUUCGAUUGCGACUGAUACCAAAAUAGAAGUGGAAUCACAACCGAUACGUAGAAGACAGUGGGGAUCACGCUCAAUCGCGAGCACCCCAUCAUUGUCUUCAGAAUCUUUAGAGAAACUCAUACCAUCUUCAUGUUGGAUACGAAGUAAAAAUGCAGUGAUAGAUAAUGAAAAUGAUGAAGUUUCACGUACAUCACCUGUCUCUAUUCAGGACACCGCUAGCCAUAUUGAUGAUUUAAAUGAAAAAGGUGAACCGUUUAAUGAUGAUGUUGAUGAUAAUGCAAAAGAGGAAAAUAAUGAGUUUGAUCAUAGAAUAAAAAAUAAAUUAUUCACCGACCAUAAAGGUAAUCUAAAUAUUAAUGAAGAGGAUAGUUCCAACAACAGAAUUAAAGACAAUAAUAAUAAUAAUAACAAUAAUAUUAAUAAUGAUCGUUUACAUCUUGAGCGUGAGCUUGAAUUAGAAGUAGAUGCAGUUGUAGAAAACAUGGAUACUUAUGAUGACAAUAAUAACUCUAUUGAAGAAAUGUCAGUUGCAUAUGAUUCUCGUACUGUUCAUUUAUCAUCAUCUGAUAUAAGCCCAAAAUUAGAUGUUAUUAUCAAGCGUGGAUGUGUUGUUAAUACUGCUUCUACUACUACAACUCCUAUUAAUAUAACACCAACAACAACAAUGACUGUUGCUUCUGUAACUACAAGCAUAAAUGUUAAUAAUCCUACUAUUACACAGUCUACCAAUCAAAUGAUAACAAAAAUAGGAGAAGGAUUACAAUCGAAUUCAUCGCAUUUAACUCAAACAAAAAAAUCACCACCGCCUAAACGUAAAGGUCCUAAAGAAACAAAGGCUGUAGGCUAUUUGGUUGAACCACCAGAGCGUAUUGAACCCAUACAACCUGCUAAGCAUCCACAAACGGAUAUUGUUUAUAUUCGCUUUCUUGUACGACCAUUUACUGCUGAACAAUUGCGUCAAAUGGUUGUAACUCAUUUCGGUCCAGUUGUUGAUCUAUGGCUGGAUAAAAUCAAAUCAUCUUCACUUAUACGCCUGCAAACAGUUGAAUAUGCUGCAAAAUGUCGUGACGGAUUAGAUGGAAGUCGUUGGCCAUCAAUGAACCCACGUGUGUUACGCUGCGACUAUGCAAGUACAGAUUUAUUUGAAUGGAUGAAGGUCAAUGGAGAUUCUAGUGAUCUUCAACCACCGAAGCAUUUGUUACUUGGUGAUGCUUCUUCGAAUGCAGAGGUUUCCACUGUGGGAGCUGAUAAAUCGGAUAAUGGUUUUACGACAUCCACAGACCAAGAAAAAAAGCCUACCGAUCUAAGACGAAAAUUAGAACGAAGCAAUCGAGAUGUAGAGCAGCCUCUUUCAGUUACCAAAUCUCGACAAGGUGAAAAUAAGGAGUCUCCAAUAGCUGAAGCGAAACCUAAAAGCGAAGAACCUGCAAAGUUGUUGAAUAAUUUAUUUCGUAAGACAAUCGCCACUCCUUCCGUCUAUUGGCUUCCUUUAACACCUGAACAGGUUAAUCGACGAAUAAAAAAAUCGGUUACUGAUAAAUCGGAUGCUAAAAAAAUAACAAGCCGACAUUCCUCACAUCCAUCAGAAGAGCCAGUACAAAAAGCAACCCGUAGUCCAUUUGCUAAUUCUUCCUCGUCUUCGACUUCUCCUCCUUCCUAUCCCUCUAGUCGUAUUCCCAAUCAAUCUCGCAGAAAUCCGACUACAGAUCGAAGCUCUAGACCGAAAAUCCCAGAUGCAAAGUUGUCCUCCAACUCUAAGUCGAGUGGUGAUAUUGUUAGGCAUAAUUCGACAAAAAAACCAGUAUCAGGUAAUGUAUUGUACGACAGUAAACAUUCAACUUCUGAAUCUAAACCGAAAUCUAUCAGAGAUUCAAAAGGUGAGAGUCGUGACAUCGUAGCAGUCGACAAUAAACAACAAGGUCGGUUGUCAAAACAAGAUACUUCAUCUAAUAGUUCUACUUUGCCGAAAAUUGAUAAACCUUCUGAUAAUAGUCGCAAAAAGGAAUUGUCUCCAUCUGCACAUACACGAAAACGCCGUUACUCAAAGACGGAUAGCGAUGAUAAAGAAGUGAUUCCUUCAAAACAGAGUCGACCAAGCUUAACAUCAUCUGGUGAUUCGUCUGUUGUAGGUGAAGCAUUGGCAGCCUAUAAGAAGAACCAUAUGGGGCCACAACAUCAUCGUUCGGAACACCGUAGACGUUCAUCCAGCAGUCGUCAUAACUCUCCAAACCAUCGUAGUAACUUUAAGAGUAGUUUUCCAGAAGGUUCUCGUGUCAAAGACAAGACGGAUUCCAUGUCACAUUCUCGUGAAAGCGGUCGACGUCGUUCACGUUCAUUAAACCAAAGACAUCGUUCACGAUCUACUGGACGUAGAGAUCGUUCCUCAUCAAAUCGUUAUCGAUCACGACGUUGA